AUGAAUCUUUGCUCCUCCUUCCAGGCUGCCGGGGGUUCCUCGUUGGUUCAGCAGCAACAGCAACAACAGAAGCUGCUGGCUCUUCAUGCCCUUAGUGCGGCUGCUGCUGCCCAACAACAACAGCAACAACUGCUACAACAGCAGCAAGCGCAGAAGCAGCAACUGGGGGUUUCCACUUCGUCCGCCGACAUGAUGGUUGCACUGAAUUCUGCCGCCAUCCAACAGCAGCAACAACAACAGGCGGCAGCUGUGCAAGCACUCUAUCAGAAUCAGCAACAGGCAGCCUUGGAGGCCCUAGUGUUACAGAAUCAACAGGCCAACCUUCUUAAGCGCUUUUUGAGACUACCGUAA